CUGAAAAAUUGGCCAGACGAAUAUUUAUCCAAUAUUACCACGACCAAAUCGAGUGGAUAGAUCUUUAUUUCUAUCUAUCAAUGAGAAACAAAGAUUCGUUUAAUCUAAUGUUAUUGUACAGAGAAGUGAAAAUUCAAACAGAAGAGAGUCUGAAUUCAAAUAAAGUGUGGAAGUUGGAUAUUGUUUAUCCCUACUUUAAAAAUGUCGAAAGUGCUGCCAAAUGCGUAGCACGUGUAUCCAGGUUCGAGUAACGUGAUCACGCUAGGCGAUGAACGAUAACGAAGGGUUGACAAUCGCAUUAGUGUUUCGUCGAUCGCGUAUUUCGGUGUUAAAGCUUCGUAAUCCAAAAGAUAUCACGAUGCCGCGUUCAUAUUAUCGGCUAAAAGUUAAUCUGUCCAAGUUCUUUCACGAUGUGCGCCGAGUUUGUUGGAUUUUUAUCGAUCUGACGAAAAUCCAACAUAUUAUUCAUGUUCAACAGCAUAUCAGUAAGAUCUUUGGUAUUAACGAACCGUUUCAUCUAUUGUUGAACGAUACAGAGUAUCUGCCGCCGAUGGAGGAUGUCCGUAUUCUUCUGGAAAAUGAGACGAUCAAAGUAGUUCCUGGUUCUGGUAUCCAUAAUGAAUCUGCUACAUUAUCCAGUUUAUCAAACAUUGAUAAUUAUAAACAUUUUUCCAAGACAAAAACAUGUAAUGGCAGUGUACACAAUAAAAUUGCUCAAGCAUCAGAUGUUAAGAUCGAUAAACCAAGAUUGAUAAACUCUUGUAGUAGAUUGGAUAUAUCUAACAAUGCUACGAAUGGUUCAGAUUUAGCUAUGUCAUUUGACAAUACAGCAAAUGGUGCAGAGUUGUUGAUGGGAAAUAAUACAGCAGAUAUAAUGUUUACUACUGCGAUUGAUGAUACAGAGAGAAAUAUAAAUUCAAAAGUUAUAGACUACAGUAAUUUAACUGAGCCUAGUGAUACAACAGAUUCUUCAACAAAGAGAAAACGAAUUCGAAAACGUAAAUCAAAAAAUAAUCAUCACCAAAAAGAUCAAAUUGAUAGCGAGCAAGAUAGUCGACUUGAAAUAUCAUCCUCAGAUACAAAGGAAGAAGACAAAUCAAAGAAACCUAGAAUUGUUGAUGAUUAUAUUAUUCCCACUAGAAAACAUAUAAGAUUCAAUGAUAUAGAAGAACAUAAUAAUGUCUCAGGAGAAAUAUAUGAAAUAUUUAAUAAUAACGUAAAAUCUUAUAUGAAUAAAGGGACAUCCAGGAAUCUGUCUACUCUAUUAGCAUUAAGACAAAGUUCCACUCCAAUAACAUUUACAAAAAAGGUAAAAGACACUAAUAAGGUGGAAAAUUCUUCAACUCCGAUAAUAUCUGCAAUAAAAGAAAUCGAUAUGGAAAGCCCAACAGAGGAAAAGGCAAAAUGUGUGAAAAACUUAAAGAAAAUCAAUAAUGAUACUAGUAUAGAAAAGAAUGUGUGCACUAAAGAAGAUAACAAAAGAACACAAUUUUACAAGAACUUGUUAAAUGCAGAAUUAGAAGACUUUCCUGUUAUGUCUAGGAAGCCAAAUGUUGGAGAUAUUAUUGGCUUUAAGACUUUGAGACUCUCUAACGAUUACACACCUCAAAUAUCCAAUACUAUUAUAGGCGAGAUAUUAAGUUUCUGUGCAGAUUCUGCAAACUAUAUUUUUAAGAUAAUCAAAGGUUCAGAAGAAAUUGAGGCACCAUCUGGCAAAUUUUCUCUUUUGGAGGAAGACGAAUCUGUUUGUCAGGGCGAUGAUAAAAUAUCGUUUAAUUUGUCGCAAAUAAUAGAACCUCGUCUGAUUACAUAUAAAGCCUAAUCUACAAUAUAACAGCAUGCAUAUUUUCGUUUAGAUGAUUAAACAAUUUAUAAUUUUUAUUUUCGUUUAUGAUAUGUGUAGAUCUCAUUCUACGAUUGUAUUAUUACUUUUGUUCAUUGCAUUCCUGCCAUCAAAUAUUUUUUUUCUUGUGUGUUUAAUACACAUAUGUAUGACAAAUUUGCAACUAAUUUUACAUUUAAAACUAUGUUCUUGACAAUGAGACAAUUACUGAUAAUGCAUGCCAAGUUAAAAAGACUUUUGUACUUGGAUUUAUACUUGGAUUAAAUAAAAUAAUAGCUAAGUG